CCAGCCUUCCCGCCGCAGGCAGCGACCCUCCGAGCUGAACUCCAUGGCCCGCGCCGCGACACCCGCCGCCCCCCGGCUCCUCCGCGCCGCGCUGCUGCUCCUGCUCCUGGUGGCCGCCGGCCAGCGCGCGGCAGGAGCGCCCGUGGUCGCGGAACUGCGCUGCCAGUGCCUGCAGACCUUGCAGGGAAUUCACUUCAAGAACAUCCAGAGCGUGACGGUGACGCCCCCGGGCCCCCACUGCGGCCAAACCGAAGUGAUAGCCACUCUCAAGACUGGUCAGGAAGUUUGUCUCAACCCUGAAGCCCCCAUGGUUAAGAAAGUCAUCGAAAAGAUGCUAAACAAGGCCAGCUCUAACUGACCGGGGGAAGGAGGAAUCUCCUCGAUGGCUGUUCCUGAAGGAGGCCCUGACUUUAUAGGAAUCAAAGAGGAAAAAGGAAUCGCCAGCUCCUGAGGCCACCUGGGUGGGGCUUCAUAUGUUUGAACAUCUCUUAGGAGGGUUCUUCCACUUAUUUAUUUACCUAUUUAUAUAUUUAUGUGUUGCUUGCUUUUUAAAUACUAUGUUAAUAUUUACAUGAAACAUAAUUAAGGAUGUGAUUGAAUCUGCUUGCACAUGAUAUCAUUAAUUUUAUUAUUUAUUUUAAGAAAAAAACCCAAGU